GUCGUCUGCCUCUCCCUUGCAUCCUAGGCCUUCUUCUCCUGUUGCUUCCUCUGGUCCACGGCGACCGGAGCCUCCUCUUCCUCGCACCUCUCUCUCUCCCACCGUCACCAACCCAGACCAAACUUUCUUCCUCUCUCCUCCAGCUCCAUCCGAUUCGAGCCUGCCCAAGCCAAACUCCCGCUGACUUCAACAUCCCCCGCGAUUCGCGCCAUGAUUAUUCUUCCCUCCCCGAGAGCAUCGCCCCAACAAAUCAUCUCCUUUCUUCUUGCUCCAAACGCCUGAUACCCAAGCCAAGGAAGAAGAAGCAAUUGAUUGGUUGGGGGCAGAGAAAGAAGCAGGGCUAGGCAGUCGGCAAUAAUGGCGUCGAUCCGGCGGCCGCACUCGCCGGCGAAGCAGCACCUGCUCCGUCACCACCAACCCUUCGCCUCCUCCUCGCCGCCCUCCUCCCCUCUCCGCCACUCCUCCUCCUCCUCCUCGUCGCCAAGAACCCAUCACCACCUCGGCGGCGGCUACCCGCACCCGUUCCACUUCUUUUCCCGCCGCCCGCUCCCGCGCUUCGCCGCCUGCUUUCUCCUCGGCUCCUUCCUCGGCCUCCUCCACUUCUUCUCCCACCUCCCUCAAACACCCCACCUCCAACCAGCUUCCCUCAAUUCCAUCGUCUCCACUCCCAACCUACACCACCACCAACUCAACCAGCAGCUACUCCCCAUCCAACUACAAGACGACGACAAGAAGAAGCUGCUCAUCGUUCUCACGCCCACGCACGCCCGGGCCGCGCAGGCCUACUACCUCAGCCGGAUGGGCCAGACGCUGCGCCUUGUCCAGCCGCCCAUCCUCUGGGUCGUCGUCGAGGCCGGCAAGCCCACGCCCGAGGCCGCCGCAGCGCUCCGGCGCACCUCCGUCAUGCACCGCUACGUCGGAUGCUGCGACAAGCUCAACGCUUCUGCUGAUUCCGUCGACUACCGCCCGCACCAGAUGAAUGCCGCGCUCGAGCUCGUCGAGAACCACCGCCUCGACGGCAUCGUCUACUUCGCCGACGAGGAGGGCGUCUACUCCCUCCAGCUCUUCCAACGGCUGCGCCAAAUCAGGAGCUUCGGCACAUGGCCUGUUCCAGUGCUCUCUGAAAAUAGAAAGGAUGGUGUGGUGCUGGAAGGCCCAGUGUGUAAAGAGAACCAAGUUGUGGGAUGGCACACAAGUGAGGAUGGAAGCAAGCUCCGCAGAUUUCAUGUUGCUAUAUCAGGUUUCGCAUUCAAUAGCACCAUGCUUUGGGAUCCCAGGCUGAGGUCCCAUUUGGCCUGGAAUUCAAUCCGGCAUCCGGACACGGUGAAACAGAGUUUCCAAGGAACCACAUUUGUAGAGCAACUAGUGGAGGAUGAGAGCCAGAUGGAAGGCAUACCUGCUGACUGCUCUGAAAUAAUGAACUGGCAUGUGCCAUUUGGAUCUGAGAAUCAUGCUUAUCCUAAAGGAUGGCGAAUUGCAACGAAUCUGGAUGUGAUUAUUCCUCUUAAAUAGUAUCACCAUCUAUGUUCAUCAAAGCACUAACUCCUUUGACAGCUUUGAUUAUCUACCCGGAGUCCAUAUGGUUGAUUACAGCAGACUUUUACUUUCAAUACCCUCUUUUUUAGGCCAUAGGUACAAAACAUUUGUCUCAUAUCACCUAUGCUUUUCAUCUGUGUAAUUGGAAGUGUUUGCUAGAUUAGCUCGACAUUUUGGAAAUAUAAAAGAAUUCCGCUAUUACUAUCCGUCUCAAAGGCAUCCAAUAAUUUGUAGUAGAUUGCCAACGUGAUUGAUUAGGAACGUGAUCCAAAUUUCUAGAUAGCAAUAGUUCAGCGAUUAAUUGUAAAUGAAAAUCAAUUGAUCACUACAAAUUUUUAGUUUCUCAAAAUUUGGACUAUCUAUUUGUUUGCAUUCAUCAUCGUUGUCCUUUCCACCUCUCAAUAAGUUUACAUCAUACCGUAAUACUAUCUUCAAUCUCAGCUAAUUUG